AUGAAGUACACCACCGCCUCCGCCCUCCUCCUCCAAGCGACCACCGCCCUCGCCGGCCCCAUCAUUGAAGCCCGCCAGCAACCCCGCGCAGUCUUCACCCGCGUCGCGACCCAAACCGGCCAAGGCUGCGAAGGCUCCUUCAUCUUCUACGACGACGCCAACCAAAUCGCCACAGUCACCUACCCCAACUACGGUGUCACACUCCCCUCCGGCCCCCGCGAGGAGUCCUGCACCACCACCCUCCAAGUCAGCUUCCCGGUGGGGCAGUGCACAGCCGGCACCGCCCUCGGCACGACAACCGGGACGGUCUACCUCCCCAGCAACGGCAUAACAGCCUUCUUCACCGCGCGCGACUACGCCAUCCAGCCCACCAUCGGGACCAUCACCGACGUCAGCCCCAACGGGCAGUGGACCGGUGCCCGCUCGGCGGAGCCUUACGUUCUCCGGGACAGCAUUAGCUAUCGGCUCACUCCCCCCAACCCGCAGAACAGCUUGGUCAAUUUUACUGUGUUUGGGGACUUGAGCCUGCAGCCAGAGAAUGCGGGUGGGGGUUCGUUGACUGCGGAGCAGUUUGUUUUCGAUAUUCGGAAUCAGUCUGCUUGUUAA